AUGGGCCAUUCAAAGGCCAACGCCAGUCCAGGUGCCGAUAUAUCUCCAGCUGCCAAUCUAAAAGAACCGGACUUGGAAGAAUACUUUGAAAAAGCUGAGGACGUUGAAAUAGUGACGGAGACUGUGGAGCGACACUCUCCCGAAGAGCCAAAUGGGGUGGACAAUACUGAACCGACGCCAAAAAAGUCACUGUCCCGUAAACUUGCCUUCAUAGGGCUUGCGGCGACCCUUUUUGUUUUUCAGGUGGAUGCAACUUGCCUGGGGAUUGCCCUUCCAACAAUAGCUGGUGAACUGAAGGGCACGAGUCUAGAGUCAUUCUGGGCAAGCCUGGCCUACAUCUUAUGUGGUCUGGCAAUGCAACUGGUUUGGGCCAGUAUCUCCAACGCGUUCGGUCGAAAGCCCCCUCUCUAUGUAUCCAUAGCAUUGUUCUUUAUCGGUUCCAUCAUUUUUGCUGUUGCACAAAAUAUGAGCACCAUUAUUGCUGGACGGGUCCUUCAAGGCCUCGGCGGUGGAGGAAUUGACGUUCUGGUUCAGGUGAUUCUUGCGGAUAUGACGACACUGGAGGAACGUUCAAAAUAUCUUGGCUUGAUGUCCAUUCCUACCGCCAUUGGCAAUAUCAUGGGGCCCAUUAUUGGCGCGCUUUUUGCUACAUAUGCUACCUGGAGAUGGAUUGGAUGGGUCAACCUGCGAUUUCUAGGAAUCGGGACACCUUUGGUGUUCUUCUUCCUCAAGCUUCGACCCGUCCCGCUCGAUGCUACGCUCUCCAGGAACUUGAACCGCCUCGACUGGAUUGGUAUGGCGCUCGUUGUUGUUGGAAUCACGAUUUUUGUUGUACCACUCAGUUGGGCGGGCUCUUUAUUUCCAUGGGUCUUCUGGCAGACUCUCCUUCCAAUGUUCUUGGGAGUUGGAGUGCUUGUUGUCUUUAUCCUCUACGAGGCAAGGCCCGCGGCACCCAUCAUUCCCCAUCGACUCUUCCACUCAAAGACCGGAAAUGUGACGCUGGUAGGAGGCUUCAUCCAUGGCAUGGUUCUGGUCUCCCUUUUACAAUACUUGCCCUUGCUCUACCAAGCCGUGGAGCUCGAGACCGCAAUCUUAUCUGCUGUCUCCCUGCUGCCCACUGUCGUUGUCAGUGUGGUAUUCGCGGCCAUCUCAAUGAUGAGGGUCCCCUUUUUCGGAGGAUAUGUAUGGCUUCUACGACUUUCAUGGGCCAUCCUUACGCUGGGAACCGGCUUGUUGGCCCUCUUUGAUGUGGGGUCCUCGUCAGCCAUGCUGUACGGGCUUCCAAUUCUCUGGGGGCAGGGCGUUGCGUUACUACGUCUCAAUAUUCUCCCCAUGCAAGCGAGUGUCAAGAAUGUCGACGACACAGGCUCAGCUAUCGGGCAGUUUCUCACCAUUCGCAUGUUUGGAGGUCUUAUCGGCCUCACAAUCUCUUCAGCAAUUUUCAACAAUGUUUUCGCAAAGUCAAUCUCUGAUACUACAGUCCAGUUGACGGGAGCCUUAGCACCUCUGAAAGAUGUCUCCAAUGCUGUGAACUUCAUUGACAAGUUGAGAUCAUUAGAAGUCUCUCUUACAACACUACAUCAGGUUUUGAGAGUCUAUCUGAAGUGCUUCCAGACGAUUUUUUAUACAAUGACCGGCCUGAGUGGACUGGGAUUGAUGACUUCAGUGUUCCUGGAUGACAUUGAGCUGAAGGGGCAGAACCUUGGGAGUCAGCGCUUUGAGGAAUAG